CAAAAACAUCUCAAGACCAUAAAAAACCCUUUCUGUCUCCAUCCUUUUUAUAUGUCUUGGGAAGUGAUGGCAGGGAACCUGGGUUGGGGUGGCCUGAUUGAAGAGAGUUGGAGGAAGGGUCCUUGGACUGCUGAAGAAGACAGGUUGCUCAUUGAAUAUGUAAGGUUGCAUGGUGAAGGAAGAUGGAACUCUGUGGCUAGGCUUGCAGGAUUGAGAAGGAACGGAAAGAGCUGCAGAUUGAGGUGGGUGAAUUACUUGAGACCAGACUUGAAGAGAGGGCAGAUAACUCCACAUGAGGAAAGCAUUAUUCUUGAGCUGCAUGCUAGGUGGGGAAACAGGUGGUCCACAAUUGCAAGAAGCUUGCCUGGAAGAACAGACAAUGAGAUAAAGAAUUAUUGGAGGACUCACUUCAAGAAAAAGGCCAAACUCUCUCCAGAAAACUCUGAGAAAGCAAGAAACCGUCUCCUGCAAAGGCAACAAUUUCAGCAGCAGCAGCAGCAGCAACAACAACAGCUUCAACAACAGCAGCAGCAGCAGCAGUUGCUGCAACUAAACCAGAUGGACGUGAAAAAGAUCUUGUCCUUACUUGAUGAAAAUGAAACCCAUUUGCCAUAUGUGCCUCAAAUAAGACAAGAUAUGACCACUGCAUAUCCUAACACAACAGAGGAGCAUGGCUUGUUAUAUAACCUGUACAAUGAAAAUGCGUCAGUUCCUGAGGCCUCCAACGAGGAAUUUCUCUGGGAUGGAUUAUGGAACUUGGAUGAUUCCCAUGGCAAUUUUGGUGUGGCAUGUGCAUCUAGCAGGGCUAGCAUGCACAAUUUAGUAGCACCCUUCUGUUAACUCUAGUACAUGUAGAAUUUUCACUUUGUGCCCCCCCAACCCCCAAAAAAAAAAUAAAAAGUAAUACUAAAGGGUCAUCAAAUGAGAGAGCUCUUAAACUGGACC